AUGAAUUCAAUUUGUGCUGGUUGCUCUGUUCAAAUUCGUGAUCGAUAUAUGCUACAAGCAGUUGGCAAAUUUUGGCAUGAAGAUUGUCUGAAGUGCGUUUGUUGUCUUUGUCGAUUAGGUGAACUUGGCUCAAAAUUAUACUAUAAACAAAGUAUGAUCUUAUGUGCUCGUGAUUAUUUGCGAUUAUUUGGCUUAACGGGUACUUGUGCUGCAUGUGAUAAAAAUAUUCCGGCAUUUGAACUUGUUAUGCGUGCCAAAGAUAAUGUUUAUCAUUUACGGUGCUUUGCAUGUCAAGUUUGUAAUCAACGAUUUUGUAUUGGUGAUAAAUUUUAUUUAUGCGAAAACAAAAUUCUUUGCCAGUAUGAUUUUGAAGAGCGUGUGACAUUUCAUCAAGCUGCAUACAAUCAGAAUUUAGCCAAACUCACCAAAAAUAUCGAACAGUUGGAAAAUUUUGAAUCGCUUGGAGCAAAUAUAGUUGGUUCGUAG